AAAUCCCGACAAGGGCCUUCAGUUCCUGAUCUCACGAGGCUUCAUCCCGGACACGCCCAUCGGCGUGGCCCACUUCCUGCUGCAGAGGAAGGGCCUGAGCCGACAGAUGAUCGGAGAGUUCCUCGGCAACAGCAAGAAGCCCUUCAACAGAGACGUCCUGGACUGUGUGGUGGAUGAGAUGGACUUCUCAGGCAUGGAGCUGGACGAAGCACUGAGGAAGUUCCAGGCCCACAUUCGCGUCCAGGGAGAAGCCCAGAAGGUGGAACGUCUUAUCGAGGCCUUCAGCCAGCGCUACUGCAUGUGUAACCCCGACGUGGUGCAGCAGUUCCACAAUCCGGACACCAUCUUCAUCCUGGCCUUCGCCAUCAUUCUGCUCAACACAGACAUGUACAGCCCCAACAUCAAGCCCGACCGCAAGAUGUUGUUGGAGGACUUCAUACGCAACCUACGAGGUGUGGAUGAUGGCGCAGACAUCCCCAGAGACAUGGUGGUGGGAAUCUACGAAAGAAUACAACAGAGAGAGUUGCGCUCCAACGAAGACCACGUCACCUACGUGUCCAAGGUUGAACAGUCCAUCGUAGGCAUGAAAACAGUUCUUUCCGUCCCUCACAGAAGACUAGUGUGCUGUAGUCGACUUUUUGAGGUGACAGAUGUCAACAAGGCCCAAAAACAGGCAGCACACCAGAGAGAAGUCUUCCUCUUCAACGAUCUCAUUGUGAUCCUGAAGCUUUGUCCAAAGAAGAAGAGUUCUGCAGCCUACACUUUCUGCAAAGCCAUGGGCCUACUUGGCAUGCAGUUCCACCUUUUUGAGAAUGAAUACUACCCUCAUGGAAUCACCAUCCUCUCCCCGUUUGGCUCAGACAAGAAGCAGGUCCUCAACUUCUGCGCCCAAAGUGCUGAGGAGCUGCUCAAGUUCGUAGAAGACCUGAAGGAGUCGAUCGCGGAGGUGUCGGAGAUGGAGCAGAUACGUAUCGAGUGGGAGCUGGAGAAGCAGCAGGGGGCCAAGACGCACUCGGUAAAGAACAACGGCACACAGCUCGAGCUGCGCGGCAAGCAGGGCUCCCCAUCAGGAAACCAGGAGGUAGAUGACAGAAGCGGACACAACACGGUAGAGGUGUCAAUUCACAACAGGCUUCAGACGUACCAGCUCAGCAGCAGCAGCAGCAGCAGCACGGCUCGGAGUCCCGAGAGCGUGGCCCUUCUUAACCACCGGGGAGAGCUGCUGUUCCAGCAGGGGCCCCCGGGCCUUACCCAGGGGCCGGCGCCUCCGCCUCAGCACCCGCAGCUGCAGUCAGCGGCGAGCACCCCCGCCCACCAUCUCCCCCUCCAGCAGCACCACCAGUCCACCGUCAGCAUGGCCGAUCUGCGGCCCGAGACGCUCAUCCAGUGUCAGCAGAUCGUCAAGGUCAUCAUGCUCGACAACAGCAGCCACGGGCGCAUGGAGGCCUUCCUCAGCCAAACGCCCACACACCACCACUACCAGCACCACCACCACCACCACAGCCACCACCAGCUUAGUCAGUCCGCCAUGUCCACCCCGGUCCGCUCCCCGGACGGCUCCCACGGCAACGACGGCCACCAGCCCCCGCUGCCUCCUCCGCCUCCCCCUUACAACCACCCGCAUCAGUAUAUACCCCCGGACCCCCGCCUCGGUCUACACCGGACCCCAAGUGGCUCUCGGAGCAUGGUGUAA